AUACACUCUUUCUCUUUUUAUGCUGUCUUAUAAGCAGAUUAUUUCUGUUGAGGAUAUAAAACGCAUUACAUCACUUUACAUUAAACUAAUACACGUUUACUGCGUUUUAGCUUUUUGUGUCAAAAUGAGCAAACCCGAGAAACCUUUAUCCACGCUUUGGGGUUGUGAACUCAAUGAAUCUAAUAAAGAAGAGUCGUUUAAGACGGAUGAUACGAUCCAUCAACACCAGCUGGCACUGAGAACGAUGUGUUUGGGUCACACCGCCAAAGAUGAGUUUAAUAUUGUCGAGUUGGUCACUGGUGAGGCCAACAACGGCGCGAAAGCUGUUCCCAUCGCAACACUACAUGCUAAAUCCAUGCCUACGGUCAACCUGUCUGGCUUGGAACUUCAUCCACCUGUGACCUUUCGCCUGAAGCAUGGCUCUGGGCCGGUGUAUGUCGGAGCAGAACAUGUGGCCCUGGAGGAGUAUUCUGAUGAAGAGCUGGACGAAGAGAUGGUGGAGGAGGAGGAGGAAGAAGAGGAAGAUAUUGAAGAAUCGCCGGUUAAGAAAGUCUCAAAAAAUGGUGCUGGCAAAAGAAAGAAGCCAGAAAAGGAAGAGGAGGAAGCCUCAGAUGGUGACAACCCACCUAAAAAGGGUAAAGGAAGGGGGCGGAAGCCACAAUCUGCGAAGGUGUGACGAGAUGUGGAUGGGAAGUUCUGCGUUCCCAGAAAGCCGCUGCUGGACAUUUGAGUUGGGAGCUCAAAUUUCUCACCAUGGUCCCAAUGUAGUUAUUCUUCAUAUCAAUAAAACUGUUGACAAAAGUA